GCAGCGGCAUUCGUUUUCCCACGUCGUCAACCUUACGGUCAUAUUUUUCAAGCGGAAAUUGAAUAGCUCGUUGGUGUGCAGUGCAAACGAAGUUGCCUGGAUGUUUGCGUUUUAUUGAUACAGUUCUAUAUCACACUCAACCCCGGAGGCUGACCUACAAGCGCCGAAUUGCCUUGGAGUCAAUGGUCGACCGAGAAUCCUCUGGACGCAGGAAACGGAAAAGGUUAUAGAAUAAUCUAAAGAGGAUAGAAACAUUAGGGAGAGGAAAUGUAGCCAUACUGCCCCUAAAAAUACUGCCUAAAAAUGUAUGCAUUCGCUUUUAACAGGUAUUUUGAUAUAAUUUUCAAAGUAUUUAAUUGUGUAUUUUUAUUAUAUUAAUCUAUAUAUGUGAACCUAGUUAAGUAGAAAAUAUACCAGCACUGCUAUAUAAAGAGCUGAAAAGUCGUCUAUUUCACCGAUAGGCCAUAGUUCACUGUAAUUUAUUACAAUGUUUUUUUAGUCACAUUGGUUGUGUAAAGAAUGACCUUUUAUUCUGGCCUCUAGGAUACCAUGCACAUGUUUUUGGCAAAUAGCAUCAGUCCGACCAUAUGGCUUAACCUUCAAAAGCAUCUGGGCUCGGCUAAUGUACUAAUGUAUUACCAGCAGGACAUUUAAUCAAAAUGAAUAGUUAACCGUCUAAAUACUAUGCAGUUUAAUAUUUAAUAAUAUAACUUAUUGCUCUCACCAACCCUUACUUCCAUUUGCCCAAAGAGGGUGUGUUGUUUAGAUAAUUCAAUAUUCAUGUAGGGUAUUAUAUAAGCAACGAUUUCGAUUAGUUAAGUCAGCGACAAGAAUUAGAAAGUGAUAAUGUUGGCCCGUUUUACACUAUUGCAUAAGAAAGGUUGAUACAAGAGAAUCCAUUAUUUUCAUUCAUAUUGUUAACCUAGGAUAAUUCUGCUUGUUAAGGUCAGAAUAAAUAGCACAAGUAUUCUAAGGAUUUCUAGCGUGACAUCCAUAUUCAUAUAUAUUUGUCUAAGAUGGAAUGCAUCACAUCACUAAACCUUAUCUAUUACAUUGCAUGACUUUCUGAGCCAAAACAAUUUAAGUGUCCCAAGAAAAGAGAACCACAGAGAACCAUUGAUCAUAGAACCGGCUAGAUUGUAAACACCCAAAGUCACAUGACUAAGUAACAAGUUCCACUUAUUCUCCUCAUAAACAGUUAUAAAUAGUUUAACCAACAACGGGGUUACUGAAACCUGAGGCGUAGGUCAUAAUACCUCCACUGGUAACUGAAUACGCUGCAUGAAGACUGUGGAUGGACAGGCUCCAGCACCCCCCCCCCCCCCCCCCCACACACACACACACAGAGACACUCGCACGGACAACGUGGACGCCCCCUUAAUGUCUAGCAUCGGCUGAAGAGGAGGGACAGAAAGAGAGUACUGUCUCUCAGACAGCCUCCAGCCCUGUCCUGCCUCAGAGCUCCUCUUCCAAACUGGUUGGGACGCUACUUGCUCCUGAGUUCUUUUCAUCUCAUCCUCACCUGAUUGGGAGAGUGAACACCUCCCGAAGAGCUUCCUGAAGAGCUUCCUGCUGUGGGAGCUUGUUCACUUGGAGUAGCUGCUAGGAGCCAGAGACCUUAAGUUCUGCUUAGUGUUUUCUUGUCUGUGGUGUUGUGAGUAGAAUGUGUAUGUUUAUAUGAGUGUUUGAGGUGUGUGCGUGUGCGUGUACGUGAGUGUGUGUUGGCAUCAGUGAGAGCCAUCUUCCCUUCGCCAGGAUGUUACUGAUCCCGUGGAUGCUCUGGGCUAUGCAAGCGUCUCUGUGCCACGGAGCGUGUGUUGAGGUGGACUCUGACACAGACGCUGUGGUCAAUGAAGGUUUUAAGCUGGGCUGUAUCUCCUGUAAGAUGAGGGGCGAGGUGCCUGCCACAGCCACCGUCAGCUGGUACUUCAUGGCCCGGGGAGAGAGCGAGUUCUUCCGCAUCUACAGCUACGAGGAGGAGGUGGGCGUCAUCGAAGACGAGCGCUUCUACGACCGUCUGGACUGGAAUGGCAGCAAAAAGACCACAGACCUGCAGGACGGCUCCAUCUACAUCCUGAACGUGACAUGGAACGACACUGGCACCUACCGCUGCUUCUUCAACCGCAUCCUCACGUUCCCCUCUUACGAGUUCACCACCAACGCCACCAAGAUCGUCCACCUCAACGUGGUGCCGCGACUGACCAGGGGAAUGGCAUCCAUCUUGUCUGAGGCAAUGAUGUAUGUGUCAAUCAUUGGGCUGCAGUUAUGGCUUCUUGUUGAGAUGAUCUACUGCUAUAGGAAGAUAUCAGCUCAAGGCGAGGAAGCACUUAGAGAGAGCGCGUCCAACAAUGGCUCCAAACAAAACCAACAAAUUGCUUUUGAAGCCUCACAUUCACCUGUUCAGCAAUUCUCCACUUCACCCCUUCUACCAGACUACUAUUAUGAUACCUUACCAUCUCAACCUAACCCUUCCAGGAGGUUAAGCAGACAAGAGCUGAAGAACAUUCCAUCAAAGACAUGAAGGACCUUGGAAGAACAUGACAGGGCUAGAUGUCUUUUUCCUUUCCAAACAGUGUCUGAAUGAGAAGUGACACAGCAAAUUAAAAGGAAUGAUCUGUGGUUAUAUGCAAAAUCUAGCAUAGAUUUCUACAUAAUAUCGAAAUACAAUGAUGUAUGUGUACUUAAUUAUGCAAUCCAAAUCUUAUAUAAUCUUAUAUAAAAUAUUUUUGCAUUGUAAUUAAUUAGUUUGUACAUAAUAUUGUACAUUAUAUCUCUCUGUUUAGUGAUCCCUCCUAAUUACUAACGUCUCAUAGUCUUUUUCAUGAUUUUAAAGAUGAUUAGUAAAUUAAGGCAUUCAAAUAGGUAACACCACCUAGAUUAAAUAUUUAGUUAUUUUGUUUACUGGCAUGAAACCUACAACACAUUCUUGUUACCAUGUAUCUCUGCACUGCCAUUGACUGGACCAGCAGGAGGCUCAGUGUCUAAACAGAAAAAGGACAACACCUGUUUUAAAGUGGUUAUUAGACAUUUGGCUUUACUACUUUCUGCUCAUCGAGUCUCACAGACAUCACAUUUUUAACUGGAACUGCUGGUUGUAAUUUAAACAUGUACAGUACGAUUGUAAGGGUUUCUUAUAUAAAUGUAAGGCAAUCUACAUGGUCCAUAUUCACAAACCUAUAAAUAUCCACCAUGUAUCCUUGUAGUUGCACUCUGUAAAACAUGAUGACCAUCAUAUCUGUUGAAGAUGAAGCAGGGCCUCCUUGUUAUGGAAACUCCAUAUUUCAAUAUUUAUUGCAAUAUUUCCACAUGUCAAUAAUGCUUCAUUUGAUAUAUUUUAUAUACGCUAUUUACAAAAAUCAAGGGCUUGGGAUUUUAACUAUUAAUUUAUUGCCAUGGGCAACUGUAGCACAAUUUGUCCAGUGUGCCUAGCAGGAAACUUCUGACUUGAAAGGGGUUAGAGUAGAUGCUACUAGUGGUAUAGACAUGUGAGUUAUGUAAGGGCAAAAUCUAUACUUUAUGCAGUUUUGGCUUAAUGUAGUGAGCUGCUUCUGAAAUACUUACAUGCCUUGAAUCGUUGGCAGUUCAUUCUGAAUUGUACCUCUAGGGGGCAGUAUGAUACUGCCUUAUGUGGGAUUCCAUUUUGGAUCUAUGAAGUGAUGUACUUUUUUGUAUAAUAUGGCUGGUAUCUGGAUCACGCCAGCUGUCUGAAUUUUCUGCAUUUGAAUAAGGACUAUUGAAAAGUAAAAAGAUAGGUUGGA